AUGGCACGAAUUGCUGAUUUAGCUCAUGUCGAUGAAGUAUCUGAUCUAAAUUCUGAAUUUGACAAUACAGAAAAAGAUGAAAAGAAACGAAAACGUGAUGAUCUUACUGAAAAAGUAACUUUUCAACAAACGAGUGGUCUUGCACGAAAAGAUGAUCGGAUUGCAAGUGCUAAUAAAGAACGAUUUCGUUCACAAUUUAUGGCAAUGAAUGCGUAUGAACGUCAUAAACGAUUAGUAAAUGAUUAUGUUCGUUAUUAUUCAAAAGAAAAAUCUUUUAAUGAGAUUUUUAAACGAGAUGCCUCAAAUGAUAAAACAGAUUUGGAUAUUGUUCGACGUGAACAUAGAUUUUUAUGGGAUGAAGAAGAAGAUGAACCUGAAGAAACAUGGGAAAAACGUCUAGCAAAAAAAUAUUAUGAUAAAUUAUUUAAAGAAUAUUGCAUUUGUGAUCUCAGCCAAUGGGAAGAAAAAAAAAUUGCUAUGCGAUGGCGUAUCGAUCGAGAAAUUGUCAGUGGAAAAGGUCAAUUUAUAUGUAGUGAAAAACGAUGUGAUGAAAAAGAAAAAUUACGAAGUUGGGAAGUUUUAUUCGGUUAUGUUGAACAUGGAAAAAAACGAGAUGCUUUAGUUAAAUUAAGAUUAUGUCCAUCAUGCACAAAAAAACUUCAUUUUGGUCAUAAAGUAAAAGAAGUUGUACCAAAACAACAAGAAGUCGAAAAUGAAAUCAGUGAAUCUUCAUCAUCUGUACAAAAAAAGAGUCGUCUCGAUGAUGAUGAUGAAAAUCCAUCAACAUUACCUGAUGAUGGACAAAUAUGGUCAAAACCAUUAGCAGAAACACGUGAAGCCACAAGGGAAGACGAAUUCGACGAAUAUUUACAAACAUUAUUUUUUUGA